GUCCUUUCUCAAUUACAUCUAUACUCAAUCAUCUCAUCAUCAUCUCUAUUAAAAUUGCUGCAGAGAGACGCCUCCAGUUCAUCAUGUCGUCCAACAGCCCCCUCCCCGCCUACGCCUCAUAUGAGCACAUGCUCGUCAGCUCGCCGGCGCCCUUUGUCGCCCACGUCGAGAUCAACCGCCCGCGCAAGCUCAACGCCUUUUCGCAGGCUGUGUGGCUCGAGUUUGGGCGUGUCUUUGAGCAGCUUAGCCACGAUGCUGAAGUGCGCGCCGUCGUACUCAGCGGCGCAGGUGAUCGCGCUUUCACCGCGGGCUUGGAUGUGCAGGCGGCUACUUCAGAUGGUGUCCUCAACGGGGGAGAGCAGGAUGUUGCGAGAAAGGCAAAGGCUCUGAGGAGUCACAUUGAGGAGUUUCAGGCAUCUAUCAGUGCUAUGGAAAAGUGCGAGAAGCCUGUAAUCUGUGUCGUUCAUGGUAUAUCUAUUGGCCUCGCUAUCGACAUUGCCUGCUGCGCCGACAUCCGCAUCAGCGCUUCCAACACACGGUUCGCCGUCAAGGAGGUUGACAUUGGCCUGGCCGCAGAUAUUGGCACCCUGGCGAGGCUCCCUAAGCUCGUGGGCUCGACGUCGUGGGUCAAGGACGUGUGCCUCACGGCGCGGGACUUUUCGGCGCAGGAGGCUCUGUCGGUGGGCUUCGUGAGCCAGGUUCACGAGGGCAAGGAGGCGGCUGUGCAGGCCGGGGUGGCUCUGGCGGCGACGCUGGCGAGCAAGAGCCCGGUCGCGGUGCAGGGGACAAAGGAGUUGCUGAACUACGGGCGCGAUCACAGCGUUGACGAGAGUCUGCGGUAUACAAAGGUGUGGAAUGCGGCGGCUGUGCAGAGCAAGGACUUUUCACAGGCGCUGAUGAGUGGUCUGAAGAAGACGAAACCGAGAUUUGAGAAGCUGUAGAAUAUUCGAGUCUUGUAGAGGUAUCGUGUUGGUGGUGUUUGGCUAGAUCGUCGUCGUCGUCCGUGUUCGACGACUACUCGGAGCCGGACUCUUCCUCGGGAGGGAGGUUCUCCUUGAGACGCUGUGUGUUUGUUAGAUAAAGAUGAUCACCAGCAAGGCGCAGUAUGCUCUUAGCCAGAGUUGUUGGCGCUGGGCAGAGGCUUUGUAGGUAGACGCACAUCUUCUAGUUUUGCCUUGAGCAUGGAAACCAUGUUUUCCUUGACCACGACGCGUUCAUCGUCCAGAUCCUCAAUGAUGUAAUCGUGGUUCG